AUGGCACCCUCUCUCGAGGCCCCAGAGGCUGUAGACGAUGUCCUCGCCAAUCCGAUCAAGCAGAAGCCACAACUAGUUGCGCCAGAGCCCCAGAACUGUGUUGGCCCUGAUUCAGAGCAAGCCGGUAAAGCGGAUGCAUGCGCCGGGUGUCCAAACCAGGCCAUCUGCGCAUCAGCGCCCAAGGGACCAGACCCUGAUAUCCCUAUCAUCUCGGCGCGUCUGGAGAAUGUCAAGCACAAAAUCCUAGUACUGAGCGGAAAGGGCGGCGUCGGAAAGAGCACAUUUACAUCUCUAUUGGCACACGCCUUCGCGACAAAUCCAGACAGCACCGUGGGUAUCAUGGACACUGAUAUCUGUGGACCCAGUAUUCCCAAGAUGAUGGGCGUGGAGGGCGAGACUGUGCAUGUCAGUGGUACAGGUUGGUCACCCAUCUGGGUCAUGGACAACCUCUCGGUCAUGAGUAUUCAGUUUCUAUUGCCCAACCGGGAUGACGCUGUCAUUUGGCGGGGUCCCAAGAAGAACGGUCUGAUAAAGCAAUUUCUCAAGGAUGUGGAAUGGGGUGACCUUGACUUUUUACUUGUCGACACACCACCAGGCACAAGCGAUGAGCAUCUGAGUGUAAACUCAUUCCUGAAGGAGAGUGGGAUCGAUGGUGCUGUCAUGGUCACCACACCACAGGAGGUAUCACUUUUGGACGUGAGAAAAGAGAUCGACUUCUGCCGCAAAGCCGGCAUCAGGGUGUUAGGUCUUGCAGAGAACAUGAGCGGCUUCGUCUGCCCCAAGUGCUCAACCGAAAGUCAGAUCUUUAAAGCAAGCACAGGAGGAGGACGUGCGCUGGCUGAAGAGAUGGGCAUUCCCUUCUUGGGAUCAGUGCCCUUGGACCCUAGAAUCAGGAUGGCAUGUGAUUACGGAGAGAGUUACUUCGACUCAUUCCCAGAUAGCCCCGCCUGCAUUGCGUUUCAAGGAGUUGUGAAGAAUGUUGCGAUGCAGUUGGGAUUGGACACCCAGGAAGUGCUGCCGGAUGAGUAG